ACUCCUGCCUGGCGAGCAUGGGCCUUCCGAGGAGCAUCUCAGCCAUGGCAGAGCGGCGUCUCGCCUAGGCAGGACACCAGACACAGCCGUAGCAGUAAGAUCUCCACCCCAGGAAACAUCCUUCAAGGACUUAUAGGCAGCUGGCUGGUACCAAGGAUUGGAGGGACAGAAACUGCUCCUCAGAAGCGACAACAGCUGAAAACGGCCGCAUGAAUCAGCAGAGAGCUGGACGGAGGAAGGAGAAUGGCAUGUGAAACUAAGGGGGGCCGCUGCCAGACAUGAGGAUCACGAGAACGCCCGAAGAGGAGGCUUUCUGACCAUCAUACCAGUGGAACGACAAUCCCGCGAUCACAGAUGAAACCGGAGCAACGUUGACGAGGAGGAAAUACGACCGGAUCAAGAGCUGCACGUUGGAGGAGCUCCACAUAACGAGAAGGAGUGAGCGUCUGUAUACGAUGGGCAUCCCAUUCUCGGCGGAAACAGGACACAGCCAGCCGAAAUUACGACGAUGGGGCAUCGCAAUUCUGACUAGCAUUCCCACAUUGACGGUAGGCAGCACACUUCGUGUAGGAACAGUAGCGACUCUGCGGCAUCCCCCGGAGCUUCGGAACAACUACACGUGGAUAAUCAUCAACGCGCAUCGAAUCCGAGGGGUCAGCUCAACCAGCCCAGAAGAGUCGACAUUCGAGCUGGAACAACAACCUAAUGGGAUUCACUGGAUGAUAAGCGAAUCGACACAGGCAGAUGCUACAACGAAGGCUGACAUCGUUCAACUACAGCAGCACGAGUACACAGGCGCAAUCGUCUUUCAAGCGCAUCCGAUGCUUCACGGCUUCCCAUGGACGGUACCGGACUCGACGGCGAACCGGCAUGUACUAGCUGCGAUCAAGAAACAAGCCUUCAAAAGGUACUGCGGCGACGGCAUCAAGCUGGAUGCUACAGUAAAUCAUCUGCAACAAGCGGUACAGACGAGCACCUGGCAAGCAGCAGCCAUGACUCAAUCACCCAAGCAACUCUGGGCCCAUACCAACGAGCUCACGGCGUAUCAGGUUUGGGUCAGCUACCGGGUGGCGCUACGGCAGCUCAACCUCUAUUACGACGGCCGGCAGCACGACAAUAGCUGCCGCAAACUGCAAUGCUGCCAAGGACAUAAGGAGACACUUGAGCACAUCAUGUGGGACUGCCCCUGUGCUCAAGCAUGCUGGCAAAAGCUGAUCAGCCAUUGGACCGGAGAGCAAUGGAGCCUUCAGACGACGAAGAGAUUCCAGGAAGCCUGCGCAAGCAGGAAAGCACCAGUACUGUCGCGAGUCAUCAAGGCCCAACUAGGCCGAGAUCAUCCGGAUGAAGAAACCCAGUAUGCGAAGGAGUGGAAGCGAAUGUGGCGGAUUUUGUGUAGUAUAUGCAUGACCAGCCUCUGGAUACAGCGGAACCGGGUCGUCUUCCAGCAGGAAGAGAUCACAGUAGAUAGGAGCGUGCUUGAAUUCUGGACGACGAGCCAGCAGCAACUACGAGGCAUAGCCAAACGAGAACGAAGAAAACCAGAAACGAUGGAAAUCGGGACAAGACUCCUGUUAUGCCAACGUCAGAUGGAGAAAAUACCCACAGAGAAGUCUCCAAAGGAGACAAGCCCCGUACAACCACCGGACCAGACCCUGGAACCGGCGUUGCUAGCUAGGCUUAGGAUCAAACAGACAUCUAGUCGUCGAUAAGUGACCAAAUAGAGAAGUCUGCCUCUCUCUCUC